GACAGGAGGGACGCCGACCCGGAAAUGUGUGCUGGGCGAGGCCUGAGAGUGUUUCCGGCAGCUGAGGAGAGCGGAGCGCGCUGGGCCCGGCCGAGGUGUUCGGAGCGAUGUGAGGUAGAGCUGGGCAGCUCAUUCCCGGCAGAAACGUGUGCAGCAGACAAGAUGGACAGCAACAGUUUCAUCCAGUUUGAAGUGCCGGAGUAUAGCAGCACAGUUCUCAGCCAGCUAAAUGAGUUGCGUAUGCAAGGAAAGCUAUGUGACAUCAUCGUUCACAUUCAGGGCCAGCCGUUCCGCGCACAUAAGGCAGUCCUCGCUGCCAGCUCACCUUAUUUUCGUGAUCAUUCAGCACUGAGCACCAUGAGUGGCUUAUCGAUAUCCGUCAUCAAGAAUCCUAAUGUCUUUGAACAAUUAUUGUCAUUCUGCUACACUGGAAGAAUGUCUGUACAACUGAAGGAUGUUGUGAGCUACCUAACUGCAGCUAGCUUCCUUCAAAUGCAGUGUGUCAUUGACAAGUGCACUCAAAUUCUGGAGAACAUCCAUUCAAAAAUUAGCGCAGUGGGUGUAGGUGGGGAUGACAACCAGAGUAACCACAAUGGAGUUAAAGACGACUGCUACUUUGCUAAUCCAGUGGAGAUCUCCCCACCAUAUGGUGGGCAAGGGCGACCGUCGAUUGUAGGCAAUGACUUAAAAAUGGACGGGGUAGCCAGCAACAACUUAAGAAGCCGUCCCCAAGAGGAGGGUCAGUCGGACAGAGGCAGCAGUGGUAGCAUUUCAGAGCAUGAAAUUCAGAUAGAAGGUGAUAUGGUGCGGGAGAACCAAGUCUCUGAAGUUAAAGUGAAAGCUGAAAAAUCUGACAGACCAAGCUGCUCCGAUAGCUCCUCUUUGGGGGAUGAUGGCUACCACACUGAACUGGUUGAUGGCGAGCAAGUGACCUUGCUGAAUGUAGGUUCCUACGGGUCUGUAUUGCAACACGCAUAUUCUAUUUCUCAAGCUGCUUCUCAUACGACCAAUUUGUCUGAGCCCUACAAGAGCAUCAGCAACUCAAGCCCUUCCAGGUCCAUGCUUAGUUGCUAUCGGGGUGGCCGGGCACGCCCUAAGCGGGCAUCGAUAAUAACCACCGAGGUGCAAAAUGUGAUCCAAAGCCCUGAAAGCGACACCGUUAUAAGCGCACCAAGUUAUGAGAGUAGCCCCCAGGAGAGGGCCACCAGAGGCUAUUGGCAUCCGUACAACGAAAGACUUAUCUGCAUCUACUGUGGCAAGACAUUCAAUCAGAAAGGAAGUCUUGACCGACACAUGCGGCUCCACAUGGGAAUCACGCCAUUUGUGUGCAAAUUUUGCGGGAAGAAAUACACUCGCAAAGACCAGCUGGAAUACCACAUACGGGGGCACACCGACGACAAGCCUUUCCGGUGUGAGGUGUGCGGCAAGUGCUUCCCGUUCCAGGGCACACUGAAUCAACAUUUACGGAAAAACCAUCCCGGUGUUACUGAGGCGAGGAGUCGGAUGGAAUCACCAGAAAGAACGGAGGGAUUUGUAGACCAAAACGAUAGUAAUGUGUCAGAUGUGACCAUGGACUCCAAUAUUGAAAUUCACACAGUCACUACUACGCCUGACUAACUCACACAAGCCAGAGCACUGUAUAAAGCACACAUAAUGUUAAUUAAUGCCUAUUUUUAUUACUUCUUGCUUAUUUGGUAAUCUCUUUACUAUGGAGAAAGCUACUCUUAAUCCUCUUGUUCUUUGAGAAUGCUUCUUAAUUAUUCAAAGACAUUUUAUGAUAUCUGGGUGAUACACUAAAUGUACCUUGUUUUACUUUUUUUUUUUAAUAUAUACUUUUGUUCUUUUUGCUUUUUUAAGGAGACAUGGUACAGUUGCACUCCUAAAGAAGCAUAUAGUUAG